AUUUACCUUAAAUCUGUGCUGCAAGUCUAUGGUAUUAAUUUGAUCGGUUUUCAGUAGAUAACGCCGUAAUCAUUUUCCACGUACGGAGGUAUAAAGUAAACAUAAUCGGAUUUAUCGUCUAAAAUUGUUAUUUAAAUUUAAAUGAAAACUCACAAGGUAGAUAUCUUGCAUCGUUUCACGGUGUUGUUCGUUGCCUUCGACUGUACUCAUUUACAUUAAUUUUACGUAAUGUUCGUUGGUUGUUCUUUGAUCUGUGUCCCGAAGAAAAUGACGAAAGUAUCAUUCGUAAAGAAGACGAAGCUCUGUGUGUGUAAAACUGCCGUGUUCCUCCUGUAGUAGAAACUUUAUCAUCAACAGUAAAAAGACGUUUUAUAGCCUCCAUAACUGCGGACCAAUGAUAAUAACCAAUGAAAAUAGCAUGUACCUGCACAAAAGCUGGAUUCCAAAGACGUUUUUCUGCUAUAGAUGUUCGUUAUAGUUUAUGCAUGAAUAUGCAAUAUCAAAACAGGACUACAAGGGCGGCGUUCGAAGAUACGUACGAAAAUAUUGAAAUAAUCGCGUUAAGCCUGGAGUAACAAUGAGAAUGACGCACAACGAACAGAACGUAUUAGGGCUCGUGCCUACGAGCAAAAAUAAAAUUUGACUGAUUAGUAAUUUAAAGAAUAACCAACCGGCACAGACUGUGCUCGAGGACGUCAAUACAGUAGACAUUUAUUAUAUUAUUAAUUGCAAUAGAUUCGUAAAGUGGCUCUUUGUAUUGCUUCCUACAAUUCCUAUGUUUUAAAACUUGUAUAUAUACAUGCAUAUAUACGGUAUUUCUAAAUAUCAAUCCGGAUGAAAUUGGCAAAGGAAUGUAUAUUAAUAUCGUUGAUAAGACUAUCAGCUGAUUGUCAUUUUAUAAGGAACAUUUAAAUUCUGUGUAGUGAUGAGCUCUAAAUUCCAUCAUUUGUAUAAUCUUUGUGGUAACAAGUAUUACAGCUGAAUCGAUAUUUCAUAAACUUUUCUUCGGGGUGAGAAUAAAACAGUGAUAUCGUUAACUCUCAUGAAAGGAUGGGAAAUAAAAGUAGUUGCUGUGUAUAUUCUAGUCCGCAAGUCGGACGCAAGGAAUUAGGAUCUGAAGGUGUUGCUCGAGCCCUCGAGGAACAUUUACCUGAGGGUGGAGUUAGCAUUAAUAAUUUACAACAUAUUAGCGAACGCGAACCUGAAGACUGGGAUUCGGAUCCGUCGUUACAUCCAUGUACUGGUACUAUUUUUAUGGAGCGAUCUAAGCAAGCUAUCGAAAGUGGCAUGGUAAGAAAAAAGAGUCAGCAUCAAAUUGCAGACACAAGGCCUUUAAAAAAGAGUAGCAGUUGCAGUACAAUAUAUUUAGACGAUAGUACUGUUUCACAACCUAAUCUUAAAAAUACUGUGAAAUGUGUUGCCUUAGCCGUUUACUAUCACAUAAAAAACAGAACCUCACAACGACAAAUCGAUAUAUUUGAUGAGAAACUGCAUCCAUUAACAAGAGAAGGUGUUACAGAAGAUUAUGAUAAAUAUAACCCAGAACAUAAACAGAUAUAUAAAUUUGUGAGAACAUUAUUUAAUGCUGCUCAACUUACAGCUGAAUGUGCCAUUAUAACGUUAGUUUAUCUGGAACGCUUACUUACAUAUGCAGAAAUAGAUAUAACACCAGCCAAUUGGAAGCGAAUAGUACUUGGAGCUGUUUUAUUAGCGUCGAAAGUUUGGGAUGACCAGGCAGUAUGGAAUAUAGAUUAUUGCCAAAUUCUUAAAGAUAUUACAGUAGAAGAUAUGAAUGAAUUAGAAAGACAAUUCUUGGAGAUGCUGCAAUUCAAUAUAAAUGUUCCUUCGAGCGUGUACGCUAAAUAUUAUUUUGAUCUCCGCACACUUGCAGAAGCAAAUGAACUAACAUUCCCUAGCGAGCCGCUCAGUAAAGAGAAAGCUCAGAAAUUGGAAGCAAUGUCCAGAGUUUAUGAAGACAAAGUCACUGCUGAAGCUUUACGUACCGGUAAUAAGAAAUGGUCGAGUUUAGAUAAUAUAUGCAUAGGCGGACCUAGACGUAGCAUUGCUAUCUUAUCAUAAACUUUGAAUAUAAGCAAACACAUUGCUUGUAUUCGUAACUUCUGAAUUAAGGUAUGUGAACGAAAAAGAAUUUGCAGACCUAUUAUACUAUAGUAUCAAUUUGAAAAAUUUUAUGAGCAUAUCAUUUUUAUUAUUCAAUCAUUUGUAUAUUCUACUUAAAUAUAUUACUGUAACACGCGUUUUAUAAAAAUUAUUUGACAUAGCCUUCUGUUUCUGUAUCGACUGAGAUUCUGUACAAUUGGCUCACUCAAUUUGUUUCAUUUUUUAAAACGAUGGAAUACGCUAACUGUUAAUAUUUAUUUAAAAAGGAAAUUCAUGAUUGUACGAUCUAUCUAUCUUCUUUUAAAUUUUCAUCUUACGUGGAUAAUUUAUUAAAGAGUCUAGAAUUUCCGCGAAAAUUGACUUUUUAAUCUAAUUGAACUUGCAAUACCUGUCGAUUGACUCCUUUCCAGGAUAAUUUCUAUGUUGAUUGGUUUUUUGGAUGGCUAAACAUACAACAAAAUUAUUGACACAGAUACCAAAAGAUAUAGAGAAAUAUAUAUAUAUAUUUCAUGUAUAUAUACACACUGUAAAACUUACUUUAAAACAGCAAUUUCUUUUCCAAUUUUAUACAUUUGCAUAGAAUUUAUUAUGAACGAUUUAAAUAAUAAAUACGUACGGAAUAACUUCUAAGUCAAAGUCUUCUUAAACGAUAAGCAUCGAUAAGUGUUUCAGAUACCUUUCGUAUCUGAAUAUUUUUUCAAAAUUGUGUUCACGUUUUACUUAAGCUAAACGCGAGAAAUAUUCCAGAACAAUGUAUUCCUUACAAAGUCAUUGCAAAGGCAUGGUAUAUGAUGUUUUAAAUUUUCCUUUAUCAUUUUAAGAAGGUGGUUUUCCUGCUUCAUUUAUCCAGUUAUCAAUUGUAUAUUUAUAUGUGUGUAAAGUAACUUCCUAAAUAUAUUUUGUAAGAUUACUCUGAUUACUCUGUAUGAUCAAAGUCUUUAAUACUCCCUAGAUAAUCAUAAAUAAUUGAAUCCGAUUAUACUCUGUCUUAAUGAUAAUAUAAAUUAUAUCGUUAUAUUACAACCUGAAUGAUUUGUAACAACAGUACACAUAGAAACGCAAUAAGAUUUUAGUUUCCUUUCUUUUUCGAAUUACAAAUGAAAUCCAUCCACAAAACCUGUGCCGGCUUCGUAGAAGCUAAAGUUCGUUCCCAGUAAUUUAGUCUUAUUUAUACACAUCUUGAAACUUUCUCUUUUUUCUUUUGGAAGAAAAAACUUCAUAUUCGAAGUUCCAAGUAUUAUUUUUAUUCUUUAUUGUAAUUAUUUUACGAUGUAUUAAUUAAAAGAUAAUUCAGAAUACACUAUGAUACAUAAUUACCGCAUGUUAUGCAAAUUUCUUUCGUCUAUUUCAUUCCUUUCCAAUUUGUAUAAAGUGUAAUGGCAAGUUUAAGAAUUAGGAUUUUGAUCAUUCAGCAUGUAAUGUUUGAUAAUUAUCGACAUGCAUCAAUCUCUUAUGUUAAUUCGUGACGAAUCAAAAGGAAGUGGAAUAUAGUUACUCUAUAAAUUAUAUAUAUCAAUAAAAUGUCAUUCUAAUUUAAAUGUAAUUUGUUGCAAGGAUAUUUUCUUUUGCAUUGGUAUUACAUUUCUCAAUUAUUUUCCACGAUAUCUCAAUUAUUUUUCAAUUAUAUAUCGUUUCUAAUAAAUAAUACUUCGUUUACGAGCACCACUAUAGAAAAACAAAAUUUAUAUAUUAAUGUACAAUUCUUGAAUUAGUUAAUUUAAAAAAUUUACGGAGGACUACUCAAGAUACGAAAGACAACUUGGCGUAUCAUCAUGUAUAUGCAUAUUCCGUCAUUAAUGUUGCAAUAAGAUGAAUCAAAUGACAAAAUGAAUACUUAUUGCGAAAACGAAGUAAAUUUCAAGGAAGAUAUUGUGCUUAUAUAUUGUAUAAUGUGCUCAAAUUAAGGAGAUUUUUAUAUAAACUACCGAUUUUGCACGCAUGAUUAUGUACGCGAUUAAGAUGUACUAUACAGAAUGACAAACACAUCCAUCAAUGUACCUCAGAAGUGAGGGGCAAACAUAUAAAUGUUGAGAUGUAGAAAUAAGAUACCAUUUAAAUUAUAGCUUAUUAUGUUCAUAAAAGUUGAAGUAAUCUAAAUUUCUAUUAAACCUUUUUAAUACUGUUACAAAGUAAUGAUGUUUUAUUCUUAUUUUUAUACUUUACUACAGGAUAUUACGUGUACUGUAAUAAGAACAUUUUACUAUGGAAUUAAGUAAUGCCAAACUGUAAUACCAUGUAUAAAAUAACUAUAAUAUAGAAUCCAUGGUGUAUCGAAAUAUAGAUACAGUAUUAACAUAUCCGUUACUUUUGCCCAAAUAAAGAUUUUCGGUUGUUCGAUUCAAAUAAAAAAUAUACAUUUUAUACUACAAAAAAAGACAGAAAGAAUAGUUAGCUGAUGCAUCACAAAGCAAUUAUGUAAGAUAACGCGAAAUAAAACGAAAAAAGCUACGACUGUAAAUAAUUAACAAACAUACCAAGGAAAACCAAAAAAAGCAAUUAAAAAUAACCAAAUUAAUAAGCAAUAUAAGUUCUUUCCAUUUUAAUAUUCUAAUUUUCCAAAGAAUUAGGAUUGUGUUUAAAAUGGAAUUGCAUUGUAAAGACAAUCUUGAAGUCUGAUUGCAUAUGAUAAAUAAAUUACCAUGUUCUGUAUAUAAGUGUCUUGUAAGGUUGUAUUAUAAAUAAAAUAAUUUUUUUAACACCAUGUCAAUUAGAGUUCAGACGAGUACUUGAAGUGCUGCUUUAAAUAAAUUAUAUUCUUUCAAAUUAAUAUUUUUAUUAAUUUGCAUAUAUUCAUAAGAUUUUAUAGUAUUCCUGUUAUAUAUAUUAUAUAAUGCUUUUAACAGAAUAUUAGUAGUAUUAUUAUUAAAACAUAAAUAUAAUAUUGCAAAGCAAAUGAUACGAUGAUACGAUGAUAUUAAUGAGUCUUCCACCUUUAACCAGUUAACAUUAUUAGAUUAUUAAUGCAUUUUUAUAAUACAUCACAAUUUUUUCUAUGUCUUCAUAUCUAUGGUAUCAUUCAUAUUCGAAGUUCUGAAUUUCCCUUUUUUAAUCGUGUACUUCUACUGAAUUUUAAAAAUAAAAAAAGGAAAAAGAAUGAAUAACACAUGUAUUUACCAAGUACUUGUAGCAAUAUGUUUUUCUUUCCUUUCUGUAAAACAACAAACAUGACUUUAUUAUAAAAAAUA